CCGGGGGAGGGCGCCCGGGCGCCUGGGUGCAGAUGGGAAUCCCCGGGACCCGGAGCUGAGCGACCAGCGCGCGGCGGGGAGGGCGCGCCCGAGGAAGGCGAGCCUCGCUGUUCCUCCGGGAGCCCAACACCGUUCCCGCGCCGCCAGGAUGAUCCCUCCGAGCGGCGCCCGCGAGGACGGCGUGGACGGGCUGCCCAAGGAGGCGGCGAGCGCCGAGCAGCCGCCCUCUCCUGCAUCCACCGGCAGCCAGGAAUCCAAGCUCCAGAAACUAAAACGAUCACUUUCUUUCAAGACCAAGAGUUUACGGAGCAAAAGUGCUGACAACUUCUUCCAGCGAACCAACAGCGACGCGAAGUUGCAAGCAGACAUGCUGGCUGAGGUCAGCCCCAGCUCCAGCCCGCUCCCCACCUCCGGAAGCCUGACCUCCACACCCACCAGGACUGGCCUGCACCCAGGCAGCAGCGGCAAGGCCCAUGCCUUCCAGGAACACAUCUUCAAGAAGCCCACCUUCUGUGAUGUCUGCAACCACAUGAUCGUAGGAACAACUGCUAAGCAUGGACUGCGCUGCAAAGCCUGUAAGAUGAGCAUCCACCACAAGUGCAUGGAUGGCCUGGCACCCCAGCGGUGCAUGGGCAAACUGCCAAAAGGGUUUCGGCGUUACUACAGCUCCCCCUUGCUAAUUCAUGAACAGUUUGGAUGCAUUAAAGAAGUUAUGCCCAUUGCCUGUGGCAAUAAGGUGGACCCUGUCUACGAGACCCUCCGCUUCGGCACCUCCCUGGCCCAGAGAACAAAGAAAGGCAGCUCUGGCAGUGGCUCUGAUUCACCUCACAGAACCUCUACGUCAGAUCUGGUGGAGGUUCCUGAAGAAACAGAUGGGCCGGGAGGCGGGUACGACCUACGGAAACGCAGCAACAGCGUGUUUACGUAUCCAGAAAAUGGAACAGACGACUUCAGAGACCAAGCAAAGAACAUAAAUCACCAGGGAUCUCUUUCCAAAGACCCAUUACAAAUGAACACCUAUGUUGCCUUGUACAAAUUUGUACCACAAGAGAAUGAAGAUUUGGAAAUGAGCCCAGGAGACAUGAUUACUCUUUUAGAGGACUCCAAUGAAGACUGGUGGAAAGGGAAGAUUCAAGACAGGAUUGGUUUCUUUCCAGCCAACUUUGUUCAGAGAGUACAAGAAAAUGAGAAGAUUUUUAGAUGUGUUAGAACCUUCGUUGGAUGUAAAGAACAAGGGCAGAUAACAAUGAAAGAGAAUCAGAUCUGCGUGACUUCUGAAGAAGAACAAGACGGCUUUAUCAGGGUCCUCAGUGGAAAGAAGCAAGGCCUCGUGCCCCUGGACGUCCUACAGAACGUCUGAUUGCUGCCCUGCCCCCUUCGCAGCAGCCUCGCUCUGCCACAGCGCCUCAUCUCACAGUGUUGGCCCAGAGGGCUGCCCGCUGCCCGGGCCGCCGGGGGGAGCAGGGAGACAGAACUCGGGAGCUGAGACUGCAGGGCAGCCGCCAACUGGAGGGCCCGCCACUCAGCACACCCAGCUGCCCCGGGGUGGGGAUGAGGCUGACAGUCAGCUGAGGGAACCGAGCACUGUACCUGGCCCCCGACUCAACUCUCUUCCCUGCCACCUGGUCCAAGUUACCCCACUGGAAUGUGCUCCAGCUGGCGGUGUGACCCCAGUGUGAGGCUCAGAUCCACAUGGCCACGUGUGGGUCUGGUUCCAAAUCUUUGUCCCCAGUGCUGACAAACCAGCAUCAUCACGUCUGAGAUUCCCAGUCUCUCUGCAGAGCACGGGGUAGGGGUGCCUACUUCCUAGUCCCCAAUACACCAGGACUCCCCAAAAGCCCUCCUCACUUGGGGACUGUGCUGUCUGUCCUGGCCCCCGAGAAAGGCCAGCAAGUGUGUGUUAGAUUCGAGGGCUACAUCAGUGUGGCGCCCACUGCAAAGACCUACUCUGCCCAAAGAUUGCUGACAAGGCAGUCCCUCCUGCUAUACUAGUCACCAACAGAGGUGACAGAACAGGCCGAGAUACAAAGGGCAAAGCUGGGUAGGGUGAGGUAGAGAGCUCUGAUUUACUGAAGAUCAUGCAGCCCUUUCCAUUAUGAAGUCCUGUCCCCAAGGAGAUAGAGCUGGGGAAGAGAAUGUGACCACAAGGCGCAGUGAUGUGCUUCAUUUUCAUUUCACAUCCUCUAAAUUGGGGGGGCAGCCUUUUUCCCAUACCAUAUCUUGUAGGACCCUUUUGGAGGUUGAUACCACCUUGCAGGUAACCAACAACUGCAUCUUAGGAAAAAUGUAGCCAAAUUGGAAUCCAUUCUUCUUUAGUGCAGUCUGUUAAACCCAGCAGAUAUAAAAUGGAAGAGAAUCCUUAAUGCUUCAUCCCUCUGAAAGGAGAGGAACUCGGGGUCUGUUUAGCAACUAGAGAGGUCUCUAUACUCUGUACAUGUACUAAUGUUUACAAGAAUGCAAUAUACUGUGAUGCCUUCCUCUGCAAGACGCCUCCUAGCAUUCAAACGUGCAUCCUCUUAGUCAUUAAUAUGGUUCAAUGUCAAUUCACAAUGACCUUGGAAUCAAUGCCAGUUUGAUUUGUUUUCAUACAGAGCAAUAAAAUCAUUAGAACAAUUGGUUUUUAAAAGAAUUAAGUGGCUGCAUCCUGUGCAUGUAAGCAUUAUUUCCCAAACCAAAGUAUUAGUCUCCAUUUAUUUCUUUUGCUACUGCUCAGCCUGAAGUUGGGAGCAGAGAUGGGAUGGUUGCUGGUUCACAAUAGUUUGGAUGCCUUACUCUCAUUUUAAUGCCAGCAUCCAGAAGUUCAAUGUGCAUAACUGAGUGUACAGAGUCAAGAUGAAUUCUUUGAGCACCAAGGUGGAUGAUAUGACUGCCGUCUGUAUAAUGGAAUGCUGGAGUACAAAU